AUGGCGUUCUCAUUACCACCAAGUUUCGUUUUUAAACCCACUGAUCAAAAACUAAUCACACAUUACUUAAAACCCAAAGCAAUGGGUUUCCCAUUGCCAGGUGAUAGAAUUCUUGAACGAAAUCUAUGUGGAAAGAAUGGUACCCCAUGGGUUGUUUUUUCGGACAAUGAUCCAUGGGAAAUUGUUGGGGAUUCUGAAGUUGGUGUUUUGAAGAAAGAAAUUUACGUGUUCACGAAGUUGGAAAAGAUAGGUAAAAGACAUUUUGUUAGGGUGGCCGGUUGUGGAACAUGGGCCAGAAAUUCUAAGCCAAAGGAUAUCAAGAAUUGCAAGGGCGAAGUCAUUGGUGUCAAGAAGUCAUUUACAUUCGAAAUGAAUGGCGAUCCGAAGCAAGACGAGGUAGAUAUGAAGAAGGGUUGUUGGAUAAUGGAUGAAUAUAAAUUGGCGGGAAGUUCAUUGGAGGGAGUGAAUAACACAGAUUAUGCUAAUUUAUGCUUGGCAAGAUCUCACAUAGUUAAUCCAUCCGCUAAAAUCCUGUCAUAUAUUCAUAUUAAUCCGGCUGGCCGGAGGCAAACAGGGCCUUAUACGGGCCACGGCAACAGUGGUGCAGUCCACGCAGAAAUUCUUAUUUUUAUAUAUUUUCUAAGGAAAAACUAUGAAAGAAAUACAUACUCUCUCACGUAUAGAGUUCGAAUCCCUUCUGAGAAUUUCCAGUUUGCUCAACCCUUCUUACACGCUCGGCUAUGGCAUUCUCAAUACCACCAAGUUUCGUUUUUAAACCCACCGAUCAAAAACUCAUCACACUUUACUUAA